AUGUCAGAACCUGAGGAAAGUCUGGCAGCGCCGGAUAGCACCACGAGGGAACAACGGAUUGGCUUCUCCCAUGGAGAUGAUGUUCUUCAACAUAAAGAUGGCAAAUUUUACCUUGGUACAGUUGUCGAGGUGGACUUGGCAAGGGAGAGAUGUCUUGUCAAUUUUAUGGACAACACAUCUUCCUGGUCCUCGUUUAAAGAGCUGACAAAGCUGGCUAUGCCAGACUCGGAUGUUAUGUGUGUUCUUUGCAAAAAAUCCCAGCCUAAGACUGAUAAUGACAUUAUUGUCUGCGACAAAUGUGGCCGUGGCUAUCACCAAAUGUGUCAUCAGCCUCAAAUACCAAAACAGGAGCCAGGUACAGAUACUCACUGGAUGUGUAAGAGAUGCACAGAUAGUCAGCCGCGUACGCGUGAACCUUGCGAGCCAAAAACUUCUAUGGUUAAAGCAAGUAUUAGAAAAGUUUGCAGCGGUAGGGACCAACCUCAACCACCACCAGACGACAUGACAAAAUUGCCGUAUGAUCCUGACAUGUUAAGCUGGGAUGCACAUCACAGAGUAAACGCCGAACAAAUUUAUUGUUAUUGUGGACUUAAUGGUGAAUGGUAUGCGCAAAUGUUACAAUGUGCUCGUUGUAAACAAUGGUUUCAUGAAAAGUGCAUCAGAUGCUUAACUCAUCCCUUGUAUAGUGGUGAUAGAUUUUAUGUAUUUGUUUGUUCAAUGUGCAAUCAUGGGAAAGAAUUUGUUCGGCGUUUAGAAAUGAAGUGGGUAGAUCUGGUGCACCUGAUGUUGUACAAUCUGACUGUUUAUAACGCUAAAAAGUAUUACGAUUUGGACACUGUUAUUAUACCUUACGCAAACGACAAUUGGUAUACGUUACAACUUCCACCACGGAUUAGAGAUGUUAGUAUUGAAAUACGCAGAGAAUCGAUAUUGUCGAUAUUGACAAACAACAGAACCAGAUUCAAGUGCGGUAGAGAAAUAAAAAAGCGCACUACAAUAUGGGGCCUCCGUGUCAGACUGCCACCACCCUGUCCAGUCGUCAAUCUUCCAGCAUCCGGCGAAAUAGAUGAUUCCGUAUUACGUAGGUGUUGGUUGGGUGUUAACAAAAGACUGCAAUAUCUUCCUCCACAAAUAGGGUUAGUAUAAUAUUAUGCAUUUUAAAUAUAUAGCAAUUUACAGUAUAUGCAUUAUGCAAAAUUUAAUUAUUUCAGCCCUGUGAGUUUGCCAGAAAGUACAAAACAAUUAAUCGCAUUGAGGCAAAGCGUGGCCGAGAAUGUAGAAAUUCCUGUGAAUCCUUCAGAUCUAGUAAUGCGAGGUACAAUUUAUCAAAAUUCGGAAGCGGAACAAAGCUCGUGUCCGAGUCCAAGCCCACCCAGUCAAUCGACGCAGUCGUUAAGAGAAAGGUAUAGCGGCGGCGGUUUUGUAAAAAAAUCAUUCCCAUUUCCAAAGUUGAGUUUACAGAGAAGACGUCGUCUAAUGGCAUUAGGUAGUUCACGGGAAAGAAUGUUACGUAAACAUAAAAAAAGGGAGAAAGUAUGCGGAGAUGGUACCAUGGGAAAAUCGCAAGGAGUUCGAGAAGCAAGAUACAGAAAAGCGAGAAAAUUAUUGAAAAAUGCCAUUGCUAAGAGCAAAUCACGAAGUUCAGAAGCAUCUGAUUUACCACCAACACCUCCAACUUCUGUUUCUGGACCACCGACACCACCAGCCGCAACGUCAGGCAUGUCCGAAUUGUCUGUACCUAGUUCCGUGGAUCUGAUGCAUCCUCUGCCACCUUCGACGCCGGCGGAUACGAGCGGAGACGAGACCAGUUCAAGAGGGACUCUCGAUUCGUUUAUUCCACCACCCAAAGAUUUUGAGGGAAAAAAUAAUCCGUUCAGUGAUUUGGUGGGUACGCCCUGUAGCCUUAAUCAAGGAAAUUCGAGUACGCCGUUACCUUACAACCAGUGUCCCAUCACCUUGCCUCUACCGCUGACACCUGUGAUCUCGCAACCGCCAGUGGUACGUCCAGCUAAGAGGCAGCUAUCUGAAAAGGAUAUUAUCGUCGAUAGAAACGGACAAGUGAAACGUAGAAGGCAACAUCGACGAGGACGACCGCCCCAGCAGCAGUUACAGCAACAAUUUCAACAUACCGCCAGCAAAACGGCGGCUAUUCUGCCGGCUCGUAAUAACGAAGUUAAAAGUGAAUUUGCCAGGAAUUUAAGAAGUUCAUAUAAUGGUGCCUCGAGCAGUGCGAGUAGUCAAAUUGGGAAUUGUGUGGAUUAUGCCUUAAAUGGUAGGAGGUUGAGACAGCGGCAGAGUAAUGAUAAAUUACCUCCUCCCGAUUCGCAACCGCAAAGAAAGAGCAGCAUGCCUUCAUCUCCAAAGUGUUCGCCUGUGAAGCAAAGUGCGCCUGACAUAUCUCUGGAUGAUCUGAAAUCAUCGGUGAAUAUUUACUUCGGUGCAGCUAAUAGAAUAGCUGCUGGUGAAAAGUUUGUCAUCAAAGCGAAGAGGAUAGGGCCAAACGGUCAGACACAAUACCUCAUCGAAUGGGAGGGACUCAAUACUUAACGGUAAAUAAUAAUCCGCUUACUACGAAUAUAUUGCAUUGGUAUACAAAUUUUAAGUUGACAUCAAGUGUGUAACAUGGCGAUCAGCUGCCGGUAAUCUUGUAAUCAAUUCCCGGUGUUUUACAGCAAAAUGAUUGUGAUGAAUUGUUUUGCGUCACAUGCACUGCCACUUAUUACGUACAUUUCAUAAAAAUGUAUGUAUUUAUCGGCGUAGAAUAUAUGAAUGUUCUUGUAAAUGUAUGUCGCGCGUUUUAUUGAGUUAUUUAAAUCUUUUUAUUACAACUGACAGAUUUUACUGCUGGAUACAUCUAUUUUUAUGCAUUUGAUCUAUUUUUAUUUAUUCAUCUAUUUUUAGCUAUAAAAAAAGCAUACGUUCCAUAUUGAUUAUAGGUGCACAUAUACCUCAUCAUUCGCACAUCUAUUUUAACAAAACGAGUACUAUUUUUUAAUGAAAUUAGUGGGCAAAAUAAUGCUCUAUUUAAAGAUAUUUACAAGAACAAUCAAACGUAUUGCUUAUCAAUUGUAAAUAGUGUAGCAUAGUAGACUUGCGGGGAGGGAUCGAUGGCGUAAAUCGCGCGAAAAUCAAGUUGCGUGUGCUUUACGUCCAUUUAAAAGAUUGGCCAAUCGUCCCUGGAUAUAUCAGGGAUAAGACCAUGAGUUAUGACACAAGAAAAAGUGAAAUGUAACAGACAGUUGUUCCUCUCACUUGAAUUAACGUACUAGCGAGAAUAUUAGUGGCUAGUGGUAAAAGAGUAAAACAAAGCAGACGUAUACUGUGCAAAGGUUAUUUUUCAAUACACUUGUGUAGAGAUAGUCUCUGUGGCUUCUGUAACUUCAUUGUCUUGGAUUACAUUUUACCUUCUAAAUAGAUGACAAUACGACGCAAAUCAAAAGUUUUCAAAAAAUACAUUUAAUCUAUCAUUGAUUGUUGUAUACGUUUAUUCGGUUUACGUAUGCAAAAAAUGAAUUGAAUAACGCAUUGAAAAGAGCAAAAUAGAAUUGUGCCAAUCACCACUAGUUUUUUCGUACAGAUUCUCAGAAACAAUGUACUUGAGACGAUGAAGGUGCAGAUUUAGCAUUGCUCACUAUUAUACAAGACUAAAGAAGGAAAAACGGCACAUCUUUUUCGUAUCAUUUAAAAUUAAUUACGAACGACGCACUCGGUGAAUAUGUAAGUAAAUUGGCCAAGUUAUCUGUGCAAGGCUAAUGCCGUAAAUUUCGACUACUCAAACUGUGUUAAUAGGUACACAAUUACUGUGAGCUCGUUAUAUCGUGUAGUCAUGCACUGUAAGAAAUUAAUCUUUGUGCAUUAAAUCAUUAGAUGCUAAAUUGCAAGUGUACAUAAAUAGGUUUAUAUAUCUAAACGAUCGUGUAGCACACACAGUUUAGACACGAUAAUCACAGUAAAAUGUAACGGUGUCACAAAUUCUCUUACGAUAAUUUUUGAUACAGAUUAUUUUAUACAACUCUGGAUAGUCCUGCUGGGAUUAUUAUAUAAGAAGCAUUUUUGUACCUCAGACUAUGCACAGAAUCUAUGGUCAUGACUUACUAAUCAGAAACUAUCUAUGAAACAAACUCUCUAAGCGAUAUAAUGUAGACAUUGCGGUUGUAUAGCCAUUAUUAGAAUUUCAAAUCAAAAGAGCUUAUUAGAAGAACUUUAACUAAGCAUUUGAUUCCCGUUUAUAUAUGAUAAAUUUAUUAUCGAGAUCCGCUCUCAUGAUCGAAUUUCGUUUAAUAAUUUUGCAAAUAUGUAUGUUUAUUUGGCACAACAUUAACGGGAAACUAGCGUGAUAUGGACUCUUUUGUAUCUUUUAUAUAAAGAAUCUGUCCGAUAUAAAGUUUUAUUCGCGAGCGGAUUUUUAUACAUGAUCGUAAUUAUAUUUUAAAUAUGCAUUUCUACGUUUUAAUACAAUUAGAUAAUUCUCAUCGAACUUUUUAAAUUUACUGGAUAGAUAUAAUUAUUCUGGAAUAGAUAUUUCUCUCACACAUGCGUGUUUCCCGACAUCUUAGUGACAAGUCGACAUAAAUAACUCGCGUGCUUGAAUCAACAUUUUAAAAUACAAAUAUAUACACUUUCCUUUCUAAUAUUUAUUGAAAAAUUUUAAACACAAUGCAGUGGUACUUUUGCAUUUUCUUUGCGGUUUCUUGGAAGAGGCUUAAACAAUCCGAGGCCACUGUGGUAUGAAAAGAGAGAUUUUUUACGCACGAAGCCUUUUGAUCAUAUAGUUGUAAGAUACUAAACAAGCAUCAAAAAAAAACUCCGAAAAUCUUCCUUUCGCCAAUUUCUUAGACAAAUAAUUUUUGUAAAACUUAUACAAUAGCAAAAGAGUCAAUUUUCGGCUACGACGAAUCAUGUUUCAUGUAAAAGUUCUCGCAUCGUUCGUAACAUAUAUAUUGCUUUGAUAUUAAUUUUAGACACUCCUAUUUAGGAACUCCUAUUUUACGCAAGUCGUAUAUUCUUUACAUAGCCGAAGUGAUUUUAGGAACGUCUUUUUCGAUUCAUACCACAGCACACUCUAUAGAGUGAUAUGUAGGUAAUAUGGGGGUGAAGACAAAAAAGAAAUGGACACUGCCAAACGUCUAAGUUAUAUUUAAUAAAUGUCAUCGAACAACGUUGCGCGUUACGAUAUAAUUAAAAUACAUUUUCAUUCGCGUUUACAUGUAUCGUCGCUCACAUUAUUUCAUAGACGAAUGCGAGUAAAUGGCGGGAUUUAGCAGGGACACGUUGUUCGAUGAAGAUUCGACGAACCAUGCAUGUAUGCGCGUUUGAUAAGUCUUACGAAAGUAUGAAAUAAUGUAAUAUGAAUCUGCGUUUUCCGCGUUUGAGAUGUAAGAGAUGCCGUGGGAGAGACAUAAGGGUCAAAUAUUUUGUUUAUCAAAUUGUGGAAAGUUGGGAAAACGUAUAUUUAAUAUUAUUAAUUUUUUUCGCAUGAUUCUUUCUCCUAAUUUUAUAACGAUAUUGUAGAGGAUGACACUGCAACGUUCACGAGAAAAAAAAUGCAAGACAUUAUGCAAAGGCAUGAUCUGUAUUCAAUACUCUAUUUAAAUAAUAAAUUGCAGUGAACCUACGCUGCUGCAUUUUAUGACCAUGGCCUGGUAUUGGCUAAUACACGUUUCUCGUACACCUAUCAAUGAAAGUGAUUAUAUCUCUACGUUCCACUGAUAUGGGUAUGAAGCGAUAAAAUGACAAUCUGACAAAGUAUGAUGACCAAAUGCUAAACUUCAUUAGCAGAAGAAAAAUAACUGAAUUAUUAAUACUCUCAUUGAUGUUGCCAAUUAAUAUUAGUAUUACAUUAUAGUUAAUAUCUAUUAAUACUUUUUCUUGUUUUGUGCUGCAGAUUCACUCCCUGCAAUAUCGUUGUGUGUGAUUAUUUUAUAUUCGGGAUAACUUUUGUUUUUAAGACCGAUCUACAGCCGUAUUGAAAUAUGACGUCAAGAGUGAAAACUCGUGCAACUUGUUUUCUUGUAUCAAAAGUCAAAGCUUCGUAACUAUAUCAUACGUCUUGAUAACAUAGAUUGAUAAAAUUGAAAAUUUCAGAAUUUUCAAUAAAUUAGUAGAUAAUUUUAAAUUCUAAUAAAUUAUUCAUCUCUUGAUACAAAUUCUUGACGAAAAAAUAUACACGUGGACUUAAU